AUGUUUGUCUUUUCAUUUUUAGAAAAUAUUCCAUCUUAUCACACUGACCAUUCGAAGUCACAAGCUGAAGGAAACGGCUUAAAAGAAGCCGAGCAGGGCGCCGAGGCUAACUUCACAAUAACUACACGAGAUUCAGAAGGAAAACAGUUUUACAGCAAACAAGAACACGUGACCGUCACAAUCAGAUCUCGAACAGGGAAAGAAGAAGUAAAAACCGUAGACCUUAAAGAUGGCAACUACACAGUCUAUUACAAACCAAAGAGUGCUGGGCGACACGACGUUACGAUUGUGAUUAACGGAAGGCCGCUGACUGGUAGUCCUUGGAGAGUUAACGUGAAGCCACAUCAGUACAAAGUAGUCAAGUCGUGUGGGUCAAGUGGACUUGGAGAGGGAGAAUUUCAAUUACCGCGCAGUAUUGCAAAGAAUGAAAAAACAGGAGAAAUUAUUGUGGCAGAUAGGUUGAAUGGCCGCCUUCAGGUUUUUGAUGAAAAUCUGAAAUACCUCAGGACGAUAGGAGGUGAGACGGGAUCACCAACUGGUGCAGCUGUGAAGAUUCAUGAACCUUGGUCAGUAGCAGUCUCAAGGAAUGGUGAUUUGAUCGUCAUUGAUAAGGCUGGGCUUUCAAAACAAAUGCUUCUAAUCACUGAUGAUGGCCAGUUUAUCCAAAAGUUCACGGAGCUAGUAAUCAGUCCUCGGACUGUUUUUGUUACAAAUGAUAAUGGUAACGUGAUCGUGUGUGAUGAAGCUGACGGUAUAAUUAAGAUCCUUUCCUCAGACGGUGCACAAUUGCUACAGUGUUUCAGUGCCCCGUAUUACGACGAUAUACCCAGCUGUGUAUUUUGUCAUCAGGAAAAAGUCUUUGUGUCGUAUCCCAUUGCUAACUGUGUCAAGGUUUUCAAUAUGGAGGGUUUAUUUCUAUUUACUAUUGGCAGCAAGGGGUCUGGUGAAGGACAGUUGAAGUAUCCCAGGGACCUUGUUGUUGAUGCUUUUGAUAACCUGAUCGUCUGUGACAAUGGUAAUAGAAGACUGCAAAUGUUUACUCUGGAUGGUGAAUUUCUC